CAGGCACAAGUCCGGUUAACUCGACGCGCACGACAGUAUUGCACGACGAGUCAAAAUGGCGAGAUCUGCAGUGUCGGAGUGCUGUAUCGCGACGCGAGUGUCAUGCAGUGAAUGAAACACGCGCACAGUAGCAGCACCAGCAGCAGCACUACAGCGAUCACUUCUGCUAAAUAUACUUAAUCCUGCAAAUAUCUCCAAUGACGCGAUGACGCUACACUGGUGGAUGCAUUGGUUCUGGGUUACGGCGCAAAUCGUUGUCUGCCUAAGCAAUCCUACGAUGGAGCUGCCAAUGGAAACCACUAGGACAAUGUCCGUAUUGGCGGACACAACAGCCGUAGAUCCAAGCGUAACGACAACACCAGCAGCAGCAACACCAACAACAACAACGGCGGCAACAAUAACUACAACGACGACGGCUAACGACACGACGUCGACGGGCGAUCCGACGUCGGAUGGUAAUUCGACGACGUCGAUUUCACCGGCGGACGAUGCCCUGGCGCGAUUGCAGCAAAGUUAUCGCAUCAACAAGGCGACUGGUCUGCAGAACGUCACCGGCGAUAACGCGACUGGUUCGGAAAAAUCGGAAACGUCGACCAAUUCGAGCAUGAGCAGUACCAGUACCGAGCAGCCGAUGCAAGCCGAUGCCACCACUUCGAUUUAUCUCGAUAGAUUUAGGCCUAUAGAAAUCAAUACCAAUCGAACAGUAAUUAUUCCCGCGUCCGCGGAAAACAAUCGCACCGUCCAAGAACCCAGCCGUAUAUCCAACGUCAAUACCAAAAAAGAGAACAAAAUCAGUUGGAUAAGCGUUCUGAAUCCUCCAGUAAGACCUAAUCGCGAGGAAAAUUCGUCCGACGCAGCCGAGUCGAUCUCGCCGUCGACGACCUCCUCGUCGCACGAAAUUUUGACGGUUAUGCCGCUUCAAGUGAACACGGAUUAUUCCGUCGUCGAGCAUAACAACAACAACAACAACGUGAGGCGAAAUCGCACGGCCGAGCAGUUGCUCGGGGACCCUCAAAAUACGGGCGAACUGCAGGCCGUUGCGACCGCCGCAUCUGUUUUCGAGGCUGGUUACGGUGACUCCACGAGGCUGGGCCGAGCGCGGGGAGCCUUCACGAGUGAGUUUCAGCGCGAGCAGGUGGCAUCCUCGCGCGAAGACAGCGCGAAGGAAUUGAUCGAGCCGGUGUCGGUGAGCAAAAACACGGUGUCAUCUGGUCGUAACAUAACGGAAAUAGCGACUAUCACGGGCAGCUGUUUGGCUGUCAUUGUUCUGCUCAGCUCGGUCGGCAGCGUUAGCUUCAUUAUGUAUAGGAGAAAAUACCUCAAUCCCCCGCAAACUUUGAACAGCGACAAAUGUAGCAAUCCCGAUAGUUCAGGAUACAUAGACGAUUCUACGAUAAGAGAUAACUCGGAGGAGAUGUACAGCCUCGACAACGAUUCGUUUUUGAAUUCGCUCGAGGCGAUGACCAUUCAGAACUAUUGGACCGACGUGAAACACACCAAGCUCUAACUGUGUAGGAGUUACUAAAAAUUUAACAUAGACUCAUAUCCUCGUUCGUUCGUACAUGUGAAGAAUACAAGAGACAAACAAUAUGUGUUAUAACAAUUAUAUUUUUGCAAUCUAAAUGAAUCCUGGUGAUUUGUGAUGAUCAUAUGUAUUAUUAUAAAUAUCAGCAAAUUUUCAAACUGCUGCUCUUCGGCAAUUAUAUAUAUGUAUAAUCGUGAAAAAUAGGCUUGCGCGACGAUGAAUCAAUGUACGUCCGCAUACUGUAACGUUUCAAUGUAGCUCGUCGUCGUAAUUGUACAUUGUAUAAAUGUAAUAUUGUAUAAGUUUUAGGGUAAUUACGUGAAAAGUUCUUCUCAAAAACAGAGUGACUGUUGGGUUGCAGUAUUUUCGAAGUUAGUAACGAAAUUCGGUUUAAAAAAAAAGCAUUCUACAAUGGUGUAAGGAGUUUAGUUAGUGCAAUAAUUCAAAGUACUUGAUCAUUUAUCGUUAAGCUAGUCUUUAAGUCAGAUGUAUGAAAAUGUAUGCAAAUUCAAGUACAAAAAUAUUGUAGCUGUUAUUACAGAUCGUUCGUUUAAUGUUUAAAAGCAUGUAUAUAAUUACUAUUAUUUUUUGUAAUUUUUUUUCUUACGAACAGAUUGAUUCGUUCACGAACUUUUGGAUUUUUCAAAUAGUAUCAAAUUGUAAUUGUUUAACAUUAUUUAAUUUAACUCUGUUUUAAUGUUAAAAUUAUUAUUUGGAUAGUUUUUGCAACAAAAAAAAUAUUGUGAUAUAAAAUGCAACCUAAGUAAAGUAAAUUUAUGUAGCACUUAUUGUGGUAUAUGAUUCCCCAAAAUAAGACUAAAAUAGCUGUCAUUUGUAAAGGUUCAUAUAGAGGCAUAUCUUUAUGUCAUCUAUUUUUAUUAAAAUAAUUGUUUCAAUCUGAAAUCGUUUGUACAUGAUUUACGUUCUACUUUUUGUGUUUGAAUACUGAAUGAACAUAUGCAUUAUUGUUAUGAACUUGUUUCAAUCGAUUGACGUGUUUCCAAAAAAUUACUUCAUAAAAAAAUUACUAUUGUGAGGAAUUUUAUUAUUAUAUUUUUAAGGAAAGUAUAAAUCUUUUCAUGAUCAUGAACAACUAAUGCGUAACGCAAAGUAAUAAUUACAUUUAGCCAUUUAACAAUAAAAAGAAAUUCCAUGUUGUAUUUUUAAAAAAAUAUAAUGCAUAUUAUUUUAUAAAAAUAUCAAUUUCUAAAUGAUUAAAUUUAUUCUACCGUAUUCUUGGAUUUAAACAUUUGUAGUUUGUAUAAAAAUUACUUUGGAAAAUUCACUGUAAUUUGAAAAUUAAUUCAGGAGUGAAUGAAAUUCUGAAUUCUAAAUAAGUUAAACUUUAUAAUAACACUCGCUAUUUUUCAAAAACUAAUUAAAAUUAUUAAACAUAAUAAAUUUUGCAAUAUCUGUUAAUACAUUUUACUGUACUACAAAUUUUUACCACGAAGUAAUAGCGACUUUCACAAUUAGUACUUAAAAGUUGGGUUAAAUUAUAAAACUCACUGAUUCAAAGUAUUGUUGAAAAAAAUAAUUUUUUUAUCAUUUUAAUUUUAAUUGACAGUUAAGUGCUAAUACAAUAGUUUAUUUUUAAUGAUUUCUGUUUUCGUUGACGAAAACUAAUCCACAUUAUCAUAAUAUGUAAAGAGUGCCGGACCAAAAUUCAAAUAAAUAGCUUAACUUAUUAAUAGUUUAUGGUGAUCAAAUCCAUCCCAAUUUAUUAAAUUAAAACGACAUUUUUCGGAACAUUUAAAUCCCUUUGAUAAAUCUAUUUUAUCUACAAAAUGGUAGAAUACAAUUUUUUCAAUUGAAACUAUUUACUAAAUUGCUGUUGUUUACUUUGGUUCAGGUAAAGAUCACUGAAAAGAAAUUAUUAAAUAAAUUUAUAUUGAUGUAUUCCUUUAUAAACUAUUAUUCAGCUAUAAAUAGGCAAUAAAACCGGAAGUACUAAUAAAAUUAUGAGCUAAUAAACGCAUGAAAAAAAUGUAGAGCUAAACAGUCAAUCAGAUUUUUAAAACCAGCUUACAUUUGAAAAUGUUCGAGCUAUUGAUAUGAUAAUAAUUCUAAAUGUAAAUAAAAUGCAUGGCUUAAAAUAUAAAAUCAUAAAUUAGAUCACGUACAAUGUGCUAAAUUAGUAUUGAAUAAAUUUAAUAAAUGUUGUAAUUUAUCUGUCUGGUUUCAAAUACGAACAUUAAAACUAAAUUAUAUUAGCUAUAUAACUUAGUAUCAAGGUAUUUUUCAAAUUGUCAUGUCAGUUAAAAGAAGUAUCAUAAAGAAACUCGACUGUUCUACAGCAAUAAUAAGGUCAAGUUGACUAUUCUUGUUGACCAUAGUUGUCAUAUUAAUAACAAUUAAUUUUUUUUCAAGAGCUCAUUUACAACAUCUAAUUUCUUUGGGAUGUUAAUGAAAAAGAUUAUAGAAUAGUAAUAAAUUGUAACUAUUCUGUCAACGAGCUAUAAUAGCGGCAUUUUUCAGGCAAUUCGGAUCGAAUUCAAAAUAUUUAUAACGUACUGUAGAAUUUUAAUUUUCCAUUGUUAUUAGUUCAAGUCAAUAUUAUGCAUGAAUGAAAAUCAAACGAAUGAAUUAUGAAUUCCGCGAUGUUGCAUCAAGUUGCACCGCUAACUAACACCGUUAACAUAAAAAGUACAAAUCCAUCUUUUUGACUAAAUUCAAUUUUUAGAAAGUAGUCAAAUACUUGAAUCGUUAAUUCGUAAAUCGAAGUUAAAAUAACACUUUAGAACCACACUCUAUUGAGUUAUUAUUAUUAAAAAUUAUACAUAUAACAUCGGUAACAACUACUGUGUGAAUUAAAAUUUAAUUUAUUUAUGGCCGUACCAAAAUAUACACUGAAAAUUUACAAACAUUAAAAUGGUAUUAUAAUUAUUCAUGACUGAUAAUAAACAUGUAUAUUGAUUUGUGUAACGAAUAAAUUUGUUAAUAAAUAAAAA